CGGAGUCAAACUAAUUCUUCAGCACGUUGCAAGUCAAAUGAUGUUCCUUCAAUUAUUACUGGAGAGAGCAAACCCGUGACCGCCUUGGCCUCUUUUCUUCUUCUUUAACGGUAGCCACGCCGGAGAUUUUCCGCGACCACCAUGGCGACGCGCCACCGCACGUUCUACCGCCUCGCCGCCACAAUCCUCAUUGCGUUCCUCCUCACACCACCGACCGCAGCCCAGCCGCCGUGGCAGAUCUGCGGCAAGAGCGGCAACUAUGCGGCGAACGACACCUACCAAUCCAACAUCCGGCAGCUCUCCGCCACCCUCCCCAAGAACGCCUCCGCCUCCCGGACGCUUUUCGCCACCAGCAGCAUCGGCUCCCUACCGAACAUCGCCUACGCCCUCGCGCUCUGCCGCGGCGACGGCAACGCCUCCGCCUGCGAGGCCUGCGUCACCACCGCCUUCCAGGACGCGCAGCAGCUCUGCGCCUUCAACAAGGACGCCACCGUCAUCUACGACCCCUGCUACCUCCGCUUCUCCAACCAGAACUUCCUCGCCACCACCAGCAACGACAACAUCAUCGUCCUCAAGAACACGCAGAGCGUGAGCUCGCCGGUGGACGUGUUCGACGCCGCCGUCCAAACACUCCUCAACGCCACCGGGGACUACGCGGCGGCAAACUCGUCCAGGCGGUUCGCCACGGGGGAGGAGGGCUUUGACACCACUAACCCCACCAUCUACGGGCUCGUGCAGUGCACGCCCGACAUGUCACCGGCCGAUUGCCGGAGCUGCCUCGGAGACAUAAUUACGCAGAUGCCGCAGGAUCUCAGCGGGAGCAUAGGCGGGAGGUUGAUUGGGGUGCGGUGCAAUUUCAGGUACGAGGUGGUUCCUUUCUUCUCCGGAAGCCCGACGCUGCGUUUGCCAGCACCUCCAGCGCCGCCGGCUCCUCCUCCUGCGCCUGUUAACGUGACGCCAACGGCGACCCCACGAGGAAAAUCGGCAAACAAUGUUCUGGCUAUUGUGCUGCCUAUCGUUGCUGCAAUUCUGGCUAUCACUACCGUUUGCCUUUGUUAUUUGAGGAGAAGGAGGAGAAGACAAGCAAGGAGUGAGCUACCUCAUGAUUCAACUAAUCAUGAGGACAUAGAUAGCAUUGAUUCACUUAUCAUUGAUCUAUCAACCUUACGUGGUGCGACGAGUAACUUUGCUGAGGAGAAUAAGCUUGGUGAGGGAGGAUUUGGUGCAGUUUAUAAGGGAGACCUUCCUGAUGGUCAAGAAAUAGCUGUGAAGAGGCUCUCCAGGAAUUCAGGGCAAGGAAUAGGGGAGCUCAAGAAUGAGCUUGUUUUGGUCGCCAAGCUUCAACAUAAGAAUCUUGUCAGGCUUGUUGGCGUAUGCUUGCAAGAGCAUGAGAAACUGCUUGUGUACGAAUACAUGCCCAAUAGAAGCAUUGACACCAUUCUUUUUGAUUCGGAAAGAAGAAAGGAGCUAGAUUGGGGAAAGAGAUUGAAGAUAAUAAGUGGAAUUGCUCGAGGAUUGCAGUAUCUCCAUGAAGAUUCACAGCUGAGAAUAAUCCACCGGGACCUUAAAGCUAGCAAUGUUCUGUUAGACUCUGAUUACACUCCUAAGAUUUCAGACUUUGGCUUGGCAAGGCUAUUUGGAGCAGAUCAAUCACGGGAGGUCACAAACCGUGUUGUUGGAACAUAUGGAUACAUGGCCCCGGAGUAUGCAAUGCGCGGUCACUAUUCUAUAAAAUCGGACGUGUUCAGCUUUGGCAUUUUGAUGUUAGAAUUUGUGACCGGACGACGAAGCAGUGGCUCCUAUAACUUUGACGAGUCUGUCGAUCUCUUGAGUCUCAUAUGGGAACACUGGAGCACGGGGACAAUUUCAGAGAUCAUAGACUCAUCUCUGAGAAGUCAUGCACCAGGAGACCAGAUGGUGAAGAUUAUUCACAUCGGGCUGCUCUGCGUUCAAGAUAACCCAGCUGAUAGGCCUAUGAUGUCGACAGUAAAUGUCAUGCUUAGCAGUAACACCAUGUCUCUCCAGUCUCCAUCCAAGCCAUCAUUUUUCAUCACCAAGAGCGGCACAUACUCAACUCCAUACUCGGAGUCGUCAUACCCUACGGCUUCCCAGUCGACUGCUAAGUCAGCUAUGGCGUCACCAAAUGAAGUUUCAAUCACAGAGCUUGAACCAAGAUGAAGGAAGGAUUGCAAAGGAUAGUCGGUUUCUUAUAAUCAUCUUAUAAAGGUCCCAGUACAUUUCUGCUACUGCAUUUUUAGUAUUUUUCUCCAUUCACCUGGCAGUUUUAUUUCUUAUUAAAAAAAAUAGAUAAACUCAAUGCUUUAUAGAUUACAUAUUUGUAAUUUUGCCAAUGUGGAAAAUUCUAGAACAAAGGCUCCUACUUGUACAGUUCUGUAUUUGUAAACAGGGGGAAACCGGUUUACAAGGCCGCACAAAAUGAUCAUUCCUAUCACGACCUUAUUUGAA